ACAAAUGGAGGGUCCAUUCUUUCCAAUCCCAUGAUUGCUUUUUUCCCAUAUUAAUUAACAAAUAAUUUUUCAAGAUCCAUCCUAGGAAUUAGUACUCUUCGAUUCCACUCUACCUCAAAAUUCUUUUCUCUCUUAACAAUUUUUCAAGAAUCAGUUUAUAAUUAAACUGCUAAAGACACAAACUUGCGCUGUUUAAUGUGCUUUGAUAAUGGAUUCUUUGCAUUUCACACACUGUUAUUCUACUCUAAAUGCAAAAAAGAGACAACCCCACAACCAAAUUUCGAAACAAUUCACUGUUCUUCCCCAGCUGAGUCAAACAAGUGUUAAAAAUUCAAUCUUGUUGCCCAGAAAAAAAUUGGGUUUUCUCAUGGAUUAUAAAGGAAGGGGUACUAGAAUUGUACGUGCAGUUUCUUCUGUUGAAACCAGGGAAAAGCAACAGAAAGGAAAGAACAACAAGAAUAGUGAGAAGGUACAGCUGCGUGUUCGGCUUAAGCACCAAGUUGAAUUUGGGGAGCACAUUGCAGUUCUGGGAUCGGCAAAAGAAUUAGGGUCCUGGAAGAAGAAUAUAAUGAUGGACUGGACAGAAAAUGGAUGGAUUUCGGAAUUGGAAUUACCAGCUGGUGAGAGUCUUGAGUAUAAGUUUGUAAUUGUUGGUAAGGACAAGAAUAUGUUAUGGGAAAACGGCAGUAACCGGAUCUUGAUGCUACCAGAAGGAGGAAGUUUUGAAUUGGUCUGUCAAUGGAAUGUGACAGAUGAGCCUGUGAAUUUGUUGCAAUUGGAUCCAUUUGUAAUAGAGGAGGAAGUAGAAGAGGCAACUGAUAAUGGAGCUACAAUUACUGGCGAGACUGCUGUUCUGGACGCUGUAACAAGUCCGUUUGUGGAGCAAUGGCAAGGGAGGGCUGCAUCUUUUGUACGUUCAAAGGACGAACUGGAUUCCCAAACAAACAGGAAAUGGGACACAUCAGGUCUCACUGGGAUUUCCCUAAAGCUCGUUGAAGGUGAUAAAAAUGCUCGGAAUUGGUGGCGAAAGCUUGAGGUUGUCCGAGAACUAGUUGUUGAAAACAUGGAGAGUUCACAGCGGUUGGAGGCUCUUACAUAUGCAGCUGUCUAUCUAAAGUGGAUAAACACAGGGCAAAUUCCUUGCCUUGAAGAUGGGGGUCACCAUCGACCAAAUAGGCAUGCAGAGAUUUCCAGGCUUAUUUUUCGUGAAGUAGAAAAACUCUUGAGUAGGCGAGACACUACACUUCAGGAAAUACUUGUAAUCCGCAAGAUGCAGCCGUGCCUGCCUUCUUUUAAAGCAGAAUUCACUCAAUCUGUUCCGUUAACAAGAAUCAGGGACAUCGCUCAUAGAAAUGAUAUACCCCAUGACCUUAAGCAAGAAAUCAAACAUACUAUACAAAACAAGCUCCACAGAAAUGCUGGCCCUGAAGAUCUGGUAUCCACAGAAGCAAUGCUCGAAAGAAUUACCAAGAAACCUGGACAAUAUAGUGAGGCAUUUGUAGAACAAUUCAAGAUUUUCCACAAUGAACUAAAAGAUUUCUUCAAUGCCGGGAGGUAGGGACAUUAAUCUGUUAUGUUUCUCAAUAUU